AGGGAACAGCCGAGACAUCAACACGACGCUGCGACUGCAAGCCACAAGGGCUCCCCGCCAGACAAAUCCGAUCCCGGAGCCUGAGACUGGCUGCCCAUUUACCACCGCCCCUGCCAUUCACAUGCGCUAUAUUGCGGCGGCGGGCUUCGUGGAUACCUAUCUACAUGUAUCCAACAGACGUGGGAGACAGCUAAAGUGAGGGAAUUCGCCCUCUACGACGUCAAAAGCAUACUCCUCCUACCCUCUCAAUGAUGGGUAAUUUAUCCAUGAAAUAAACUUAUGCCGCCUGACGCGAGGGGCCUAUCUGCCUGACCACAUCGAACACCGGGGAUUCCUGUCAUUCUGAGGUGGACACAUAGUAGUAUUCUUGCGAUGUCCAACACGUACCAGGACGCAGUUGAACUACUUCGUUCUCGUUCCAGGCCAUGGCUCAGGAAGCAGAAUCCUGGGCGCUCGCGAAGGAGUCGACCGAACAAUAUGGGCAUGCGAGAGUGGCUCUUAGAGCUGGGUCAUGAGACCAGCAGCUUCAACAUCAUACACAUAACCGGCACGAAGGGCAAAGGUAGCACAGCUGCCUUUACGGACUCGCUCAUACGCGCGCAUUUCCAUCGUCUUUCACGUCCUGUCAAGGUUGGCCUGUACACGUCGCCACACCUGAUCACUGAGCGGGAAAGGAUCAGAAUCAACUUUGAGCCCCUCUCAGAACAGGUUUUCGCAGGCUACUUCUUCGACGUGUGGAACACAUUGCACAAGAAGGCUGCCAAUGAUGAGUUCAUGCCCGGAUAUUUACAGCUCUUAGCUUUGACUUCUAUGCAUGCGUUCAAAAAAGAGGCCGUCGACGUGGUAAUCUACGAGGUCCACGCCGGCGGACGGAAAGACGCAACAAACAUUUUCGAGCGGCCCGUAGCAUGUGGGUUCACGACAAUAGGGCUAGACCAUGCUGACCUCCUCGGGGAUACCAUUCGAAGCAUAACGUGGCACAAGAGCGGCAUUAUGAAGCCCGGACAGCGGGCGUAUUCUGUCAUCCAACAAGAAACCGUGGCGAGGGAAGUCCUCGAGGAGGAGGCUGCCAAACUGGACUGCCCGCUCCAGUUUGUGGAUACAUUCGCAUACCUACCUGAGCAUCCCAGAUUGCGUCUGCCCGCCCAGAAACAGAAUGCGUCGCUGGGUAUUCGCCUAGCCAACGCCUAUCUUGACACAUACAACGAGAAGUUGAGUGCAGAUGAUAUCAGGAUCGGCACAAGUCAGUGUGACUGGCCUGGACGGUUCCAAAGAAUACAAAGAGGCACUCAUCACUGGGCUCUGGAUGUGGCGCACAACUCUCUCAGCCUUCCCGUCGCAUUGGAAUGGUUUAAAUCCGAAGUCCGGUCAUGCCACACCCGCCCGGAGCCACGGACAGCACUCAUUUUCGGUCACGAAUCUGCCCGUGACACUUUCGCGCUCAUCGUUACCAUCGCCCGAUUUUGCGAGCAGCACGACUUUCGGUUUGAUCUAGUCAUUCUCUCGCCGUAUAAGCGUUAUGGUCUCGAGGUGUACGACCCUGUGGCUGAGGGACAUGCGGGAACUUGGCAGACCAUGCAGCCGUUGACAGAAAUACGGUGUGCUUCUUCUCUCGCGGAGGCGACAGGGAUGGUCACAGAGCGAUGGGGCCGGGACGCACUCUGGACUCUCAUAACAGGGUCGACAUACCUUGUCGGUGAAGCCCUGGAAUGGUUGUCGCAGAUCCGAAUGGAGUCAUUGGACAUAUGACUGGAC